AGAAAUUUCAAUAAAUAAUAGUGGUGGUUCCAUAUCAGAGUUCAAAGCUCAAAGUGCAAAGAAAAGAAAGAGAUGGUGAAAGUAGUAGUGGGAGAAGAAAGUCAGGUCAAAUUAGCUGAAAAUCGGCUUAGCAAAUCUGGAGUCCCUUGUCAGGUAGGGCUUGUAAUUGGGAAUUUAAGUGGGAAAUUAGAUCGAGGAUUCAUAUUCGAUUUAAUCCCAACACCGCUGAAUGACAAUGGUGAGCCGGCAUGUUCCAUAAUUGGUGGGGCUAAAGAUGAUCAGAAAAAGGCAUCCAAAGGGAAGUCGCUCCCUCAAUCUUCUGCAUUAUUUAUUGACAAAGAUUGGCUUGCUGAACACGCUCGUCAGGUUGGGAGAAUGCUAGUGGGUGGCAUGAAGGUAGUUGGCAUCUAUGUGUGGACCAAUGAGAGCUCAUUCAAAAAUUCAACCAUCACUCUUUGUCAGGCUGCAAAAGCAGUUGCUGAAGCGGCCCCUUUGUUGGAAGUGGAUUGGGAUGAAAGAUUGCUUGUGCACAUUGGUUACAGUCCCUUGAGGUGGACAUGUCGAAAUUGCUCGUUGGCUUCAAAUAUUACAUCAGGCAAUUUACGACCUUGUGAUUUCAAAAUGGGAAAAAUUCUGAGUACUCGUCAGGCAUUCCGAUGCACAUAUGACUUUGAUUUGAGGUUGCCCAUAUACCAGGGUUCAAGUAGCAAAAGAUUGGUUGACAUUCUUCAUCAUGGCAUUUCAAUUCAUGCCAAAGAGCUUAAAGGUGCCAAAGCAUUGAUUGAUGGGAAAUUGGCAAAUGAGGAUGAGCAAUUUGAUUUAGGUGGUGUACAUGAUGUUGAAUUUCUCCUACCUUUCAUGGAAGAUAAGUAUUUGGAAGUAUGCAGCCAAAAAGAGAUUACAGGUCUUCUAGUCUUCAGCGGCUCUGUCUGCUCCUAUGCUUACUCAAAUUCGAAGGAACCAUCUUCUCAAGCUUUGGCUGACAUAAAGGAAGACAUAAUUAAGAGUCUAAGAAGCAGGUUAGAUAUCAUGUGUGAUGAGGCAGACAGGAAAUCAGAUUCUAAAGAGGACAGAACUGAAGAGAGCAACAACCAGAUAUUAAGUGGGAGUACAGUUCUGCAACUUGAUUUACAGUUACAGAGAAAACAUUGCAGUAUGUCAUUUCCUCGAAGAGUAUUUUUACCCUGGCUGGCUGACACAUUCCUCUGUGACUAUAUACAACCAUCUGAAUCAGUUGAGGUUCUCGUGGAUCAUUUUGCCGAGCUCAUGUCUCUAGAGUUCCCAAGUAUUUCUUCAAAAAUCUUGGAGCCUGAAGCUGAAGCUCCUGCAUUGGUAUUAUCCACCACAAAAUCAUUUCGGGAGGUGUCAACCCCGUAUGCUUUACUACCUAAGUCAGACGAUUCACUCUCAAAUCAAAAUAGAGCUGCUACAAUCUUGAGAAGUGACCAGAAAUCGACAAACCUAGCUGGUUUUAACUUCAUGAUAGCUGUUUUAGUUCUUGUUGUAUCAGUUGUGGUUGGGUUUGUGGUAUUUUUUGUUAGGUCAUCAUCCUAGGGAACACGGAUGGUGCGAACAAAAAAUAUGUUUAGAUCAAAUCUGAUGAUACUGUCUAAUGCAUAUACCAACUACUAAGGCUAUCAUUUACAAUUCUACACCGACUCCAAAUAAUUUAUUUUGGUCAUAAAUUCUACCUUAGUACAAGUGUGGGUAUACUAUGUGUUAUCAACAUGUCUGUUUUUGAUAA